UGGAGAAUUACUUCAACAAGAAAAUAUAAAAUUAUCAAAUGAAAUUCGAGAUAUACAUCAACGAAAUAUCACUUUAAAUGCUGAUAAAGAUGAAUUGAUACGAGAAAAUACUAGAUUGAAUAAUGCAAUUGAAUGA